AGACUUGUACUUUGAACCUUUCUAACAUUUUCCCUUGACCUUUCCAAAAGAAAACCAAGAAAGGAAAAGAAAAGAAAGUGAGAGAAACUGCGAGAAAGCGAGGGAAACUGAGAAAAAGCGAACAAGAUGGGAACAAAAAGGAAAAAAAUGAAGCAAAUUUUUAAGAAGCUACACAUCGGGGGCAAUCACGAAUCGACGAACGACACGUCGCCGUCAUGCGCCACCGAUCAGCAAACCACAAUGUCCGAGAACUCUCCGCCGAGUCCUUCUACAACCACGACGUCAUCAUCACCGGUGACCACGACGACCGUGCCGGUAUCGUCGAGUAUGGAGUUGAGUACGCCAUCAUCGACAGCGGCCGCUAAUAAUCGAGCGUCGGAUUAUAUGUUAUCGGAGGAAGACUUUCAGGUACAGUUAGCCCUAGCGAUCAGUGCUUCUAAUUCGGAGGAUCCGCAGAAGGAUCGGAUCCAAGCGGCGACACUUUUGAGCUUAGGGAGUCAUAUCCGGAAAGAUUUAGGGUUAGGGAGGGAUAAGGGUGACGUGGCAGCCGAGGUUUUGGCCAGGCAGUAUUGGGAAUACAAUGUGCUUGAUUAUGAGGAGAGAGUGGUGGAUGGUUUUUAUGAUGUAUAUGGGCUCUCCACAGAUUCAGGAAUCCAAGGAAAAAUGCCAUCUCUUGCUGAUCUUGAAACAAAUCUUGAGAAUUCUGGCUUUGAAGUUGUAAUUGUCAAUCGAACGAUUGACCCUGCCCUAGAAGAGUUGUUGCAAAUUGCUCACUGUAUUGCAUUAGAUUGCCCUGCUACCAAUGUUAGUGUUUUAGUUCAAAGGCUUGCCGAACUUGUAACAGGACAUAUGGGUGGAUCUGUGAAAGAUGCUAACAUAAUAUUGGCCAAAUGGAUGGAAAAAAGCACAGAGCUCAGAACAUCUCUUCAUACAAGUGUGUUGCCUAUUGGAUCCAUAAAUAUAGGCCUCUCUCGGCAUCGUGCUUUACUCUUCAAGGCGUUGUCAGAUAGCAUAAGGUUACCUUGUAGACUGGUAAAAGGCAGUCAUUACACUGGUGUUGAGGAUGAUGCUGUAAAUAUAAUAAAGCUGGAAGAUGAAAGGGAGUUUUUGGUUGAUUUAAUGGCAGCUCCUGGUACACUUAUACCUGCUGACAUUUUAAGCGCAAAAGAUACAACUUUUAAGCCAUACAAUCCAAUAAUUAGCAAUCUUCAGUCGUCUGAUGAUGUUUACUCAAGAGCAAAGCCACUUAACGGAGAAGGUAGUAGUCAGCAUCCUGUGAUCAAUAAUCUGCCCUUCAAUUGGAGGUCAAGUUCUGGAAGCGCAGAAUCAUCUUCAUUAUCAGGUCCGAGUGGUUAUAUCUAUGUUGGUUCUUCUGGAUUAUCUAACAGAGUGACCCCUAAUCAGAUGGACCAUCUUCCCUCUACUGCCAUUGGGGCUUCAGCCUAUAAGGGGAGUCGUGGUGGCAAUGUAGUUGGUGAUGGCCUGAGGAUGAACGUCAAUGUAGUGCCGUAUGGUCAGAGCAGUCAAGAUGACCCAAAAAAUCUUUUUGCAGAUAUUAAUCCAUUCCAGAUACAAGGUACAGGCAAAACUUCCCAGCAGAACAAACCUUCUGAGACCAAAGUUGAUGAGUUUCAGAGACAGAGAAAUAAUGUAGUUGGGGGGCAACCCCCGGUACCGUUAAUGUGGAAGAAUCGGCCUGCUUAUAAUGAGGUUCCUCAGAAAAAGGAUUACAAUUAUAUGGAGGGCCUCCUUCCAAAAACCAAUCGUGAACCUAAUGAUUUUAAUCAGUCAUCAUCAGCUUCCACCAGCUCUACCAAACCUGAAAAGGUCUAUCCUCAUGGUUUUAAGUCACAUGGUGACUUUGAUAUAUUAAGUAGAGAUAAUAAAAUCAGGAAUUCUUUGUCUGGUACUAGCACAUCUUUCGCAUCCACUACCAGUCAGUUCAAUAGCUCACAGCUGGAUGAGGAUGCAAGCACUAAAUUUAAGGAAGAAAAUCUCAGGAAUGGACAUGAUUUACAAAAUAACACGGGGGAUUUGGCUAAAGAGCAAGAUAAUGAGAUUGGUUUCCACAAUCGUAGAAAGUAUGCUCAUGAUAGAUAUAUGGGGAAUAAGCUCAAAUUAAAGGAUCCAGAAAGUCCUAGCUCAACAGUUGAUUGUGGCACAGGCAGGGUUGAUCAACUAUUUGAUGAUGUAGAUGUAGGUGAAUGUGAAAUUCCUUGGGAAGACUUGGACAUUGGUGAAAGAAUUGGACUAGGUUCCUAUGGAGAGGUCUACCAUGCUGAUUGGAAUGGCACGGAGGUUGCUGUGAAGAAGUUCCUAGACCAGGAUUUUUUAGGUGCUGCUUUGGCUGAGUUCAAAAGAGAGGUGCGAAUAAUGCAAACACUGCGUCAUCCAAAUGUUGUUCUUUUUAUGGGUGCUGUGACUCGCCCUCCUAACCUCUCUAUCAUUACCGAGUUUCUUCCGAGAGGAAGCUUGUAUAAGAUUCUUCAUCGUCCUCAUUCUCAAAUUGAUGAGAAGCUUAGAAUUAAGAUGGCUCUUGAUGUGGCGAAGGGCAUGAAUUGCCUACACACCAGCGCACCUACCAUUGUUCAUCGUGAUUUGAAGUCUCCUAAUCUUUUAGUUGAUAAAAACUGGACUGUGAAGGUCUCUGAUUUUGGGUUGUCACGCUUGAAGCAUAAUACCUUUCUAUCAUCCAAAUCAACUGGAGGAACACCUGAGUGGAUGGCACCAGAAGUACUUCGCAAUGAGCCUUCAAAUGAGAAAUGCGAUGUUUAUAGCUUUGGAGUCAUUCUUUGGGAGCUUGCUACUCUGAGACUGCCAUGGAGCGGCAUGAAUCCAAUGCAGGUUGUGGGUGCUGUUGGUUUCCAGAAUCGUCGGCUUGACAUUCCCAAGGAACUUGAUCCUAUGGUUGCAAGGAUAAUUUGGGAAUGCUGGCAGACUGAUCCAAGUUUGCGGCCAUCAUUCGCAAAGCUCACGGUAGCUUUAAAGCCCUUGCAAAGGCUUGUUAUCCCAUUGCAGCAAGACCCAUCAAGCUAUCUUCUCCCACAGGAGAUUUCGAGUCAGUGACAGAGGCAGCUCCUCCUGAUAAUGGUGUGCAAUGGAAGUCACGCGUCAAAUUACACCAAAACCCAGGGGGCGAUGGACAAUGCAUUACGAAGCACUCAUUCAUACAAACAUCAUGUUCAUCUGACUUUGCUACUUCUACUGUGCUUAAAAACAUUAAUGCACAGCACAAAAACAACUUCAUCAUAGAAAAUUUUGCCAUAUCAUUCCUUAAUCAAAGCCCCUUUCUUUGUCCUGAUGUUGAAAAGAUGUUGGCAAAUUUUCCUACGACAAUGAAGUUUUUCAGAGAAAAUUGCACAAAUAUUUAGUUUAUAAAGGAAAAAAAGGCCAUGAUUCUGUUAAAUUUUGUUUAAAUUUAGUAAUCUUUAUUUAUUUUUGGUAAAUAAUUUUAAUUUGUACCCAUAUUUGGCAGUUUUUAAUAUCGGCAAAAGUACUUGUUGACAGUCAAUUUGUACAAUAUUUGGAUUAUGAAAAAUCUUGUUCAUAUUUAUCAGAAGAUUAAUUCGGGUGCAGAUUUUUUUUUUAUAAAUUUAGCUCAUGAGAAUAUCUAUGAUAUAAUUAAAUUAUUGUCCCCCUUUAUUGCCUUAGGUAGACUGGUGGAAAAUGAUAUUUUUUGUGUUACAGGGCAUAUGCAUCAAAAUUUUAGUGUGAUCCUAAAUGAAAAUUUUAACAAAAAGGUUCAUUUAGCAACUUUUGAGAGUAAUUGGUUCAGCAUUCUGGAAGUUGAAAACCCUAAAUUUAAAAAUCCUUUAGUUGAAUUAAA